AUGAAUGGAGAUAACUCUCCUAUGACGGAUGGUUCUUCUGUGACGACUUCAGUAUCUACACCCACUCCUGUUAUCACCACCACUACAGGUGCUUCAUCUCCAGUUCUUAGUCCUACCAACGGAAUGAAGAAGCCUAAGCUCAGAGUUCAGAUUCCCAUGGAUGGCAAAGAUAGCACGACAUUGACCGACGCCAUGAUCAAGACGGAGGAGUCAAAUGAACUGCCACCUAUCCAAAAACGUCCUCUAGAGUCAGCGCCCAUGUCCUCGACACUCCCAUCACAGUUUGCCAAGAAUCUGCUGCCUUCACCUUCGACAUUUUAUCCAGAGUUCUAUGCUUCUCAAGCAGAGUUGAGUCCCAUUGUGUUUGGUCAAACACCAACAAGUGCACAGCCUGGGUCAGCAUUUGCAUGGCCUGUACCACCACGUGAUCGCGAUCUAUUGCGUGUGCAUCAACCAAGUCCACUUGCUAAAGGAUCAGUAGCUUCCUCAUCAACAUCUUUGGUAACAGAUUCCUCUAAUAGUUCCAAAGGGCUUGCUCCCCCUGGCUCUAACUUGAGGACAGCGAUGACACCGGCUUUAACCCCAGCUUCAUCCAGCUCGCCCUCGACCAACAACUCGUCAGGAUCGAUCAAUGGCUCACCAGUGUUCAACGGCCGAUCCAGAUCAUUGUCUGUUGAUGGACCAGAAGGUCUGGAUGGUCCAUUGGCCAAAAAGGCAAAGAACAUGUAA